CGUACUUAUCAUUUUUGUUUUUCUAUCGAUGUGAGAUUUGUAAGAUGUCGCGAUUGUUACUUGUUGCUAGUUACGUUGUAUGUAUUUUUAAUGGAGUGAAUGUUUUUGUCGAUGCCGAAAGAGCCAGUCGUGGACGUUGUAAAGCCACUGUGGAAAUGGUCAGGUCGGAAAACGAACAUGGAGACACGUCACUUCAUUCUUCCUCGCGCCAUGGUUUCGUCAACUUGACUUACCGUCUGAUUGAAAUAGGAGCGGAAAUAGACGCACAAAAUUUGGAGGGCAACACACCCAUCCAUCUCGCAGUAUGGCACAACAACAGUAAUACAGUAGACGUGCUUAUUGGCGCAGGAGCAUCCGUGAACAUGUUCAAUAACGAAGAGAACUCGCCACUUAUUUUGUCUGUAACGAAUGGCAACCCCCAUAUUGUCGCAAUGUUGAUCGAGAAUGGAGCACUCAUUAACCGCGCGAGGAAAGACGGUACAACUGCGCUCCAUAUUGCCUCCACCAACAGAAAUGCGAAAAUGGUCGAAUUUCUUCUUCUACAAGGCGCGAACGUCAACUCUAUGACUACGAAAAGAGACACGCCACUUCAUGCCGCUGUGGCCGUUCAUGGGAAUGAAGUAGCAAAGUUGCUGCUGAGAUACGGCGCCGAUAUCAAAAAGGUCAAUAUAAUGGGACACACUCCUCUUCAUACGGCUGUUAUAUACCGGAACAUUGAUGCGAUUGAUUUAUUGAUCGCAAGGGGCGUCGACGUAUUCGCCGAAGAUAAAAACGGACAGCGUGCACUGCAAUUGUCAGUACACUUCGAUUAUCCAGAGAUAACUCAUUUGUUGAGGGAAAUUGAAGACGACUCGUGUUAGUAAACAAUAACUCGUUUUGUGGUAGAUGUUUAAAGUUUAUCCUUGGCAGCUAAACUAAGAGUUCUUAAUAAUUAAAUCUUAAGCAAUCCAAAAACAACAACGAAUUGUAUAUUUCUAAAUAAAGGUCAGGUCUGGCGAGAAAAUAUUGAGUCAA